AAAGACGCUUUGUGGUCGCCGCGGUGAGCGACUGGACGAAGGCGGCGCUCGCGCUCGUUGCCAUAAGGACAACUGGUAACUUAUGAAUCACGGCGGCGGAGAAGUGUUGUGCACAAUGUAAAACGGACAUUUGAUGUGAAAGAUGUGAACUUGGGGACGUUUUUUGACGCCAAUGUAAACUUGCGGGUGUUUGGCGGAACUUUUCUCUCCUGAAAAAGGAUGACAACAACACAAUAGUGUUGGCAACUUACAGAUGUUUCAGAUUCCUCACAGCACACUACAAGUAAGAUGAGGAUACAAGGACAGCCCGAGGGCGUGCGGAGGCGUCUGGACUUAAAUGUAGCUGGUGAGCUCAGGAGUGUGGAGGUCAUCCGUGGCCGAAGCGGAUAUGGCUUUACCAUUGCAGGACAGAGGCCGUGCAUGAUGAGGGGCAUCCUGAAGGGAAGCCCUGCUGACCUGGUGGGACUCAAACAAGGGGAUCGCAUCAUGGCCAUCAGUGGAACGGAUGUGUCCACUGCGCCACAUGACACAGUGGUGCAGCUGAUUGGCAGCUGCAAAGGACCCCUGCGGUUGGUGGUGCACACCGAAGGACGAAUAAUGGGGAACCCCAUCCUUCAUGAUGCAAAAUUUGGGGUUUGCCAGAAAAAUGGUAUUUUCGAGAAGGCUGCAGUUCUCCGCACUGUUUCAGAUGAUUCAAGCAAUUCCUCAAUUAACUCGAGUCACGGCGUCUCUGCCAGACAGAGGCCUGUGUCAGAGCCUGAUAUGUCACAGUGGUCACAACAGUGGAGCUCUUUAGCUGAGCAGCCAAAGGAGGAAACUUCCAGAAUAAGGGGCGUGAACUGUACUUUUGCAGGUACAGAGGAACUCAGCCCAAGCUGGAGUGUUUUAAACAUGACAAUGGUAGUAGGUUACCUGAGCUCCACAGAGCUGAUUCUAAACACUAGAGAAUCAGAGGAGGAUUGUUUAAGAGCCAUUCGUGAACGAAUAAGACAGUUGGGAACAGAGCAGAAUACCCACACCCUGGUGAUAAUGAAGAUCAUGUUUGACUGCAUACGACUUUGUGACGACACUGGAGCAGUUUUGGCAGCUUUUCCUGCUGAGAACCUUGUCUUGGGGGCUGUAUGUGCUGAAGACCCACGUUUCUUUUGUCUCGUCACUACAGCACAUAUUAUAAAUGGUCGCGUCCCAGCGGACAGUCCGCUAAGGGCUUCCUGUCAUGUUUUCUUCAUUGACCCAGAGUUAGGAAACCAUGAGGACCACAUAGGGAUUGCUGGGCGCUUUGGUUUUGACUGCACACCAGAUCCAGAUUCUUUAGGCUGCCUGGAAUUCCCUCAGACUCCUCCAGAUGUCCUUCACUUUGUAACAGUCCUCUACAGUGACAUGGGGGAGACUGUGGAGAGGCUUAGAGUCAAAUUGGACCUGGAGGCUCAGCAGCAAGCCAAGGAGAAUGGCAGCACUGGUAAACAAGGGAGUGCCAGCAGCAAUGCAGACAGUGGAAUUGGAAAUGCGUCCCCCCCUGAGGAGAGAGCGGACAGGGAUUUCCCUUCUGCAAUCCAAAACCACCCUGGGGCCCACCUUCCCAGCUGUCCAUGGGAUUAUCCUCCGGAUGAAGACCUUAGUCCAAUUAAUCUCUUAAAGAAUGACCAUAAACCUAAAACAGAGAACCAUAUCAGCACACAUUCUCUUUCAGAGUCACUUCCAGGUCCUGAUUCCCUAACUAGCUUUUAUGGUGGUCCCCCACCCAGGCUCGAGUUCCAGUUUAAGCCUCCGCCACCUCCUCUGCCUUUGAGUAAAAAACCAAACUUCUUUGCUGACCCUCUUAGAAGUAGCCAAAGGUGGUUCUCAAAAUCAAGGUGGCCUAAAGCCCUAAGUGGUGAUGCAGAGCCUCAAGUGAUGUCCAACAAUGAUUGGUUGCCUGGUGUUAGUCUUAGCGCCAGCACCAAUAAUUUGCCUCCCCCAAUGACUCAGAUCCCUUCAGACAGGUAUCAAUCGGCAGAGGUCAUCAUGCUGCCUCCCAAAGAGGAAUGGACCAAAAGGUUUCUUGAACAGAGAGAGAAACAGCGCAAAGAUGGUGGUGGCAGAAAUAGCUCCAGGUUUUGGGGUAUUGGUGGCAUCCGUACCUCUAAACGUCGUUCUGCUAAACGUCUCAGUAUGGCACGAUCACUGGAUGACCUUGAGUCUGCUGCUUCUUCAGAUGGCGACUACAGUGGAGUUCAGCUGCAGGGAUGCUGCAGCCAAAGCAGCCUGAACAGUAAUGGCAGUCUACCAGGAACAGGGAGCCACCGAGGGGCUCCAGAGCAGCGAGUGGCCAGCUGGGCUGCCUGCUUUGAGCGUCUCCUCCAGGAUCCGGUGGGCGUGCGCUACUUUUCGGAAUUCCUUAAGAAAGAAUUCAGUGAGGAGAAUAUCUUGUUCUGGCAGGCCUGUGAAUACUUCAGUCAUGUUCCUGCAACAGAUAAAAAACAGCUUUCCCAGAGAGCAGGAGAGAUCUACAACAGCUUCCUGUCCAGCAAGGCCACCAUGCCUGUCAACAUCGACAGCCAAGCACAGCUGGCCGAUGAUGUCCUCACCUCCCCACAGCCUGACAUGUUCAAGACCCAGCAGUUACAGAUCUUUAACCUCAUGAAGUUUGACAGCUAUUCACGGUUCCUCAAGUCUUCCCUUUACCAAGAGUGUGUACGUGCUGAAGUAGACGGUCAGCCUUUGCCGGACCCCUACCAGAUCCCCUGCAGUCCUGCACCGUCUAAACACAGUGCAAGCUCUGACCGAUCCACCCUUUCUACUCCAAAGAAGGAGGCCAGAAAGCAGAGGUCUGGAAGGUCUUUGAAUGAGGAGACUAAAGAUGAGAGCGCUGACAAGAAACGGGGCAUCUUCUUCUCAUGGUCUCGCAACAGGAGCUUUGGAAAAGGUCCAAAGAAGAAGGAAAUUGGAGACAUUAACCUUGACUACUGGGGAAGUAACGGGCGAAGAGAGUCCCAGGGCUCCUUGUCGUCCGGUACCAGUCUAGAGAUGGCCACUUCCUGCUCUACUGGCAAGAUUGAGUCUGAUAAUCGCCACUCACUCGGCGCAUGGGAGCGUACACCAAAACACUGCAGCGUGAUUUUGCCCGAUGGCUCUUGCUCCUCUGUCACUCUGCGGCCCGGUGCCUCCAUCAGAGAAGUCCUCCAAGAUCUGUGUCACAACAUCAGCGUCAACAUCGCAGCCGUUGACCUCUUCCUGGUGGGAGGAGAGAAGCCUCUAGUUUUAGAUCAAGACUGCAUGACCCUCAGCGCUCGAGACUUGCGGCUGGAAAAGCGAACGCUGUUUAGGCUGGAUCUAGUACCUAUUAACCGCUCUGUGGGACUAAAGGCCAAACCUACUAAACCAGUCACUGAGGUCCUGCGUCCUGUGGUGGCCAAAUAUGGCCUCCACCUCAGCGAGCUUGUGGCCAAAAUAAGUGGAGAGACUGAGCCCCUGGAUCUUGGAGCCCCUAUAUCGAGUUUAGAUGGACUGCGAGUUGUUUUAGAGCGAGCAGACCCAGCUUCAGUGAAAGACAAAUCAAAGUCUUCCUCCCUGAAGGGCCACCCUCCAACUAGGAGUCUUUCUGCUGCAAUCCUAGCAGGGUCAGUAGAACACAGCCAGCAGAUGGACCAGUCUCCUCUUUGCAUGGAUGUCUCAGUAAAUCUGGACACUCCCCCCAUUAAGGGAGAUGAGAGGUCAACACCAAAGGACUUUUCUGUGAGAGCAAGUGGACCAGACUCAGCCUUCCCAGUGGAAAAGAGAAAACAGAAAAAGAUUAAUAUAGAUGAAGCAGAAGAAUUCUUUGAGCUGUUGAGCCGAGCACAGAGCAGCCGAGCCAACGACCAGCGUGGACUUCUGAGCAAAGAAGACCUGGUGCUUCCUGACUUCCUGCGCCUAACCCCGCCCACCUCCUCCUUCUCCGUCUCCUCUAACUUGGCCUGCUCCACUCCUGACUCGCUAAGACAGAACCGAGAGAACGGCGUCCCCUCCAGGGGGCCCCUCACCUCCAGCCUUCGUUCGGAGAGCCUGGAUUCCUCCCUCAGCUCCAGUGCCAAUGGACACUCCGGGACCAGGCGUUGCCUGAUGCCCCCUCCCCGCCACCCGACCUUCGGCACCCACUUGUCCCCCAUCUCCCGGCCAUUAGACACCCGGCCAAGCCUCCGCACUGUGGAGGAGGACGCCCACACUGACCUGACACUUGUAGGAGAGGGCGACAUCAGCAGCCCCAACAGCACCCUGCUGCCCCCUUCACCAUCUCCCAUGCCGCCCUUUGAUAGCAGCCUGCCUGAAGCCAACUUCACGCCACCACCACCCUGCUCCAUGUCUCCAGAUGCAGGUGAAGAGGGAAAGUCCACUUCAGAGGGAAAACCACGAGCGUCCCCCCCCGAGCCGGCGGCCGGUCCAGGCGCCGCCGCCGCCGCCGCCCCCGUCCAGGAGGUGACGGACGUGGAGGGGGUGCACCUGGAGGAGGGGGCGCACGAGGCGCCCCGGGGAGAGGACCCGGAGCUCAGCCUCAGCUUCCACGGCUACGUGGCGGAGCUGCGGCAGUGCCAGAGCAGGAUGAGGAACGCCCAGGGGCCCCAGAACGGCCGCAACCCGCCGGAGGGCCAGGACUGCAACACAGAACUUUUUAAGGCCACAAUUGUCUAAGGGGACCCCCCCCCCCCCCCACUGCUGCACUUUAGGCCCGAGGCACUGAUUGUACAACAGGAGUAGUCACAUGACGGGCUGCAUGUAUAAAACUGUCAAUCAACACUCAAAAAAUAACAUCAUGGUGAUAGAUAUUAUAUAUUGUUGAGUUCUGGCGUCUUCUCGUUAACUUUUAGUACUGGUUGUAAUUUGGGGACAGUGUUUUUUGUUUGUGGUGCUGUUGGACUGAGGACAAGCACAGAAGAAGCUUAAACUGUUCCUAACACACACUUCAUCUACAGAUCUCUAACAAUCGCACAGCUGUUAAUUACAGGCCACGGAUCGAGAGAAUUAUUAAAAGGUCAACUGAGGCUGAUGUUAGUGGACCCUGAGUUCGGUUCUUGAUAAUGACAAUGACCUUUGUCUGUCAGUUGGAUGAUUUGUGUCCUGUUAGAAGGAGGCACUGGCAGUAAUUGGACCAUUGUUUUGACGGGACUCAGUUUAUAGAAUGGUAACGGGAGGAAAACUUCACUUCUUUUUGGACAUUGAACUAUUUCCAGCGUUUUUCUCCUUCCUGUGUUUUACAUAUAAUACGUGAUGGUUCAGUUAUCGCCUGUACUUCCUGCCUCUGUGCUUUUCAGCUUGUCCAAAUAUUGACCGAUUAAAAAGCUUUGAUGGCCGUAA